GAGUUCCCAGUUGUUUUGAAUGCGGCGUCAUCCUUCCGACUUCUCCCACAUGCUGACCUCAUGUCACCUACUAAGGAAAUUACCUCAAUAACAGCAUUUUUGGCAGUUAAAUGUAACGGCAAGACAUUCUAUAUACACAACACUACCAGUUGUUUACAUGCAUAAUAUACAUACUUUUAGAUAAUGCUUGACACAGCUUGUUGGCCAUCAGCCAAUCGGCGUUUCUCAGCGCGUUCAAAGCAUAUGAAUGUAUUUACGACUUCAGCACUGGUAAUUACUACCUUUCCUUUUGGUUAUGAAUGCAGCAUUAUUGCCUCUGACAUGCGCUUGGACCAUUUGUGUGAAAACACUAGUGCUUUUUUUGUGGGCGUAACAUGGGCUGAUCCAAAAUACAGUAUAUUUUGGCUCUGUUCGAUUACUUUGAAGAUGUAUCCAACCUUUCUUCCUCGAGGUUUACGUCUUCAUAUAUAAUGUAAAUUAAUGGUGCACACACUAAUCUGUUUGAAAGGUGAAAGGAAGGAUUCAACAUAUAUAUAUCGCAGGUCUGUGAUUGCUCCAAUUAAUGUAUGGUUUGCUCAAAAGGAAGGACAUUAAACGUUUUUCAUUGGAGCCUGCUGAAAGCUUCUUCAAGCCUACUUUACAGACACUCACCGUCUGCCUCUGAUUUGUGGUGAUCCAUGCAAGGUACACAAUGUCCACCUCGGAUCCAGUUGUUAGCGCUGCAGGUUCGGUGGUAUCGGACCCUCAACACUCUCAGAAACUUCUCAAGGCCCUUCGCUCAUUCUGGAUAGAACAAUGCUUUCAAGACGCAGUGUUAGUACUGGAAGGGGAAAAGAUUCCAGUCCAGAAAAACAUUUUGGCUGCGGCUAGUCCAUAUAUCAGAACAAAGCUGAACUACAACCCUCCAAAGGAAGAUGGAUCCAUGUACACCAUUGAGCUCCAGGGAAUCUCUGUCACUAUCAUGAAGCAGAUCUUGGACUACAUCUUUAGUGGGGAGAUCAGUCUGAGUGAGGACACCAUUCAGGACAUGGUCCAGGCCGCUGACCUGCUGCUCUUGACAGACCUGAAGUCCCUGUGCUGCCAGUUCCUGGAGAGCUGCAUUGCUGCAGAGAACUGCAUUGGGAUCCGGCUUUUCUCUCUACAUUACUGCCUGCACCAUGUUCACCAUGCUGCCACAGACUUCCUUCAGACACAUUUCUGUGAUGUGGCCGUCACGGAGGAGUUCAGGGAGUUGCCUCCAGACCGGCUGUGCGAGAUCCUGUCGAUGGACAAGCUCAACGUGGGCAAUGAGAAACAUGUUCUGGAGGCUGUGGUGCGCUGGCUUGGCCAUGACCUGGAGGAACGGAGGGUGCACAUGAAAGAGGUGAUGUCAUCGGUGUGGAUCCAGGGGCUGGACCAGGGUUACCUGAGGGAGCAGAUGUUAGGAGAGCCCUUGAUGAGGGAGGUGAUCCGGGAGUACUGCAACACUCCACUGGGGGGCGCAACACUGCAGGGCGAGGCUCUUUUAGCCGCCUUCAAACCUCGUGGCUACUCUGAGUGCAUUGUAACUGUAGGGGGGGAGGAGAGAGUAACGAGGAAGCCGUCAGCCAUGAUACGCUGCAUGUGUCCACUCUAUGACCCAAACCGCCAGCUGUGGAUCGAGCUGGAACCAAUGAGCAUUGGUCGAAUAGGGCAUGGGGUGCUGGCAGCAGAGGGACAUCUCUUUGUGAUGGGUGGCAUGGAUGAAACCAAGACAGUCCUGAGCAGUGGAGAGAAAUAUGACCCAAACACAAACACUUGGACCCCCAUUCCUUCCAUGAAACAGGCGAGGCAGAACUUUGGUGUUGCUGAGCUAGAUGGGAUGAUCUAUGUGUUGGGAGGAGAGGAAGAGGACAUGGAGCUCCUGACUGUGGAGGUGUUCGACCCUCACUACAACACCUGGACAACCCAAACCAGCAUGACCAUGGUCCGCAAGGUUGGCUGCUAUGCCACCAUGAAAAAGAAAAUCUAUGCCAUGGGUGGUGGGUCAUAUGGAAAGCUGUACGACUCAGUAGAAUCUUAUGAUCCAAAGACCCAGCAGUGGACUGCAAUCUGCCCUUUGAAAGAGAGAAGGUUUGGCUCAGUGGCGUGUGGUGUGGGUCAGGAGCUCUAUGUGUUUGGAGGCGUGAGGAGCCGUGACUCAGACAAUCCAGAAUCCAGCACCAUGACCACCUGCAAGUCCGAGUUUUUCCAUGAUGAGAUGAAAAGAUGGAUAUACCUGGACGACCAGAAUCUCUGUGUUCAGACCAGUUCCUCCUUUGUGUAUGGAGCUGUCCCCAUUGGAGUCAGCAUUUAUGUGGUGGGAGACCUAGACACUGGUACAACCUAUGACUAUGUGAGGGAAUUCCGUCGUAGCUCGGGGACGUGGCACCGCACCAAGCCCAUGCUGACAUCUGAUCUGUGCAAGACGGGCUGUGCAGCCCUGCGCAUUGCUAACUGCAAACUCUUCCGUCUGCAGCUGAAGCAGGGCCUGUUUAGACACAGGGUCCCAUCGUCAUAGAAAGCACCUAAAGGAGUGGCAUUGUCUCCACAUCUUUUGGCUAUGGGCACAGCAAUGGGACAUAAGAAUGGAGGUUGAAGAAGGGACCCUCCAAUGGGGAUGUUUGGAGUAUUUAUCUGCAUAUUUUCCUGACUUUCUUAGGGUUCGUGAGGGUAUUAUUGUAUGUGCGAUGUUGCUUGAAGAGGGAUCACUUUUUAAACAUGGCCUUAUUUCAUUGCAAUUUAACAGUGGGAAUGAUUUGUAAAUACAUUUUACUGACAUUCCCCAUUUGCUUUUUAUGUUUACUACAUUUUUGCUGCUGCUUGGUGGAUUUUAGAGAAUGUAACACUAUUUUUAAGGGGUGAAAAGGGAGAAUUACAUUUUAGCAGACACGCUUAUCCAGAGCCACUUACAGGAGCAAUUAGAUUAAAGUGCCUUGUUCAAGGGCACAUCUACAAAUGCCCAGCUCGGGAAUUUAAACCAGCGACCUUUCACUUAACCACUAGGCUCCCUGCCGCCUAGUAGUACUGUAAUUUGUAAUCACCUAGCCUGUCAUUUUUAAGGAAAACCUAGACCCAUGUCUAACACUGUAUUUUUUUUGUUAUGAGUCAGUGAAUGUCAACUACAGAUGCAUAACUAGAUUCACAAAAGGACAAAUGCUGUUUUUGGCCUAUGACAACUAGAGAUACACAAGGAGACUUAUAAAAUAACAUGUGGUUUUAGUUGUUCCCUUAGCUAAGGGACUUGUGGCCUAUAAAAUAAUCUUUACUCAAAAUCUUAACUUAAAAUAGACUUUCUAAAUAGACAGUUUAUAGUGCUUAAUGCCAAAAGCUGGAGCAUAGCACAUAUUUCAAUGGUUACUGGUGAUAUACUGUAUACACUGAGUGUAUAAAACAUUAGGAACACCUGCUCUUUCCACAAGAGACUGACCAGGUGAAAGCUAUGAUCCCUUAUUGAUGUCACCUGUUAAAUCCACUUCAAUAAGUGUAAAUGAAGGGGGGAGACAGGUUAAAGAAGGAUUUUCAAGCUUUGAGACAAUUUGAGACAUGGAUUGUGUAUGUGUGCCAUUCAGAGGGUGAAUGGGCAAGACAAAGGAUUUAAGUGCUUUUGAACAGGGUAUGGCAGUAGGUGCCAGGCACACCGGUUUGAGUGGGUCAAGAACUGCAACACUGCUGGGUUUUUCACACUCAACUGUUUCCAGCCUAUCAAGAAUGGUCGACCACCGAAAGGACAUCCAGCCAACUUGACACAACUGUGGGAAGCAUUGGCGUCAACAUGUGCCAGGGUCUCUGUGAAAUGCUUUCCACACCUUGUAGUUUAUGCCCUGAUGAAUUGAGGAUAAUCUGAAGGCAAAAGGGGGUGCAACUCAAUAUUAGGUGUUCCUACUGUUUUGUGCACUGUGUGUGUAUAUAUAAACGGUACUGUAACCUAAGUGAAAUCUCUUCAUGACAUGAAUGUAAGGCUGAGUUAAGCAUUUUCCUGCAGUGCCAUUGGUUUCUCUUCAACCAAGCACUCCAGAAACAGCGUGAGUCAGAAAAAGAUGUAGAGUUACUAGUGUCGCUCUUAAAGUUGCUGCAUGGUCAAUCCAACAUCUGCAUUGGCCAUGCAGCAUUUACGGUGAUACGGCCUCUGUAGAAGUCCAGGUAUCCAUACUUCUUGCGCUUCGCAGAGCUGUUGUCAAGUAAGUGCGUUUGUUUAUACAGGACCUCCCGCCCCCACCUACCAUCAACCAAUCAUGUAAAUGCGGAGCUACAGUUGAAGUCGGAAGUUUACAUGUUAGCCAAGUACAGUUUUUCACAAUUUCUGACAUUUAAUCCUAGUACAAAUUCUCUGUGUUAGGUCAGUUAGGAUCACCACUUUAUUUUAAGAAUGUGAAAUGUCAGAGUAAUAGUAGAGAAUUCUUUCAGCUUUUAUUUCUUUCAUCACAUUCCCAGUGGGUCAGAAGUUUCCAUACACUCAAUUCGUAUUUGGUAGCAUUGCCUUUAAAUUGUUUAACUUGUUUAAAAUUGUUUCAGGUAGCAUUCCACAAGCUUUCCACAAUAAGUUGGGUGAAUAUUGGCCCAUUCCUCCUGACAUAGCUGGUGUAACUGAGUCAGGUUUGUAGGCCUCCUUGCUCGCACAUGCUUUUUUCAGUUCUGCCCACAAAUUUUCUAUGGGAUUGAGGUCCGGUCUUUGUGAUGGCCACUCCAAUACCUUGACUUUGUUGUACUUAAGCCACUUUGCCACAACUUUUGAAGUAUGCUUGGGGUCAUUGUCCAUUUGGAAGACCCAUUUGCAACCAAGCUUUAACUUCCUGACUGAUGUCUUGAUGUUGCUUCAAUAUAUCCAUAUAAUUUUC